GGUGUAUCUAGUUGACAGUCAAAGUAUCGCUAGAGGCUUUUGCCACGGCUAACUGAAGCUUCAACACCGGCUGAUCAUGGCUAGCACUGAAUCUUCCUGGAUUGUUCUGCUUUUUGCUUUCAUUACAACCAUCCCAGAUGAAACAAUGGCAAAUGCUAACUUAUCACAAGUUUCUCCUUUGAGGGAAAAAUGUCAAAAUGUAUACAACUCCAACAAUUUCUAUGCAGGACCGAACAAGAAAGUCGAAACAUUACUUCAUGAGGUUAAGAAGGAGCUCAAAGAGAUACAAAAGGAUAUCAGCCAUCUGAAGGGAAAUAGAACAAGUGUAGAAGUCUUUAGGAACUGCGCUGAACUCUACAAAGCUGGAAAGCGAGUCAGCGGUGUUUAUACAAUCGAUCCUGACAAUUCCGGUGCCUUCGAGGUCUUUUGCGACCAAAAGACAGCCGGUGGAGGAUGGACAGUGUUCCAAAAGAGACUGGACGGCUCGGUUGAUUUUUACCGCGCAUGGAACGACUACAAACGAGGCUUUGGAAAUUUAAACGGUGAGUUUUGGCUCGGACUGGACAAGAUUCAUAGGCUGACAAAAGAAAGAUGUAGACUUCACGUAGACCUUGAAGAUAUCAACGGAAAUACUGCGUAUGCCGAGUACGACUUCUUUGGUGUUGCUAGCGAAAGAGGCAAAUACAGACUGAGUCUUGGAUCAUACUCUGGAACUGCUGGUGACUCAUUUUCUUAUCACAGAGGCUCAGCAUUUUCCACCAAAGAGCGAGACAACGAUCAGAGUAGCUCCAACUGUGCCACACGUUGCCAAGGAGCCUGGUGGUACAAUUCCUGUUUGCGUUCCAAUCUCAAUGGUCUUUACCUACACGGCCCACACUCUACUUCAUGGGAAGGCGUAAACUGGCACGACUGGAAAGGCAAUAGUUACUCCGCCAAACGAGCUGAGAUGAAAAUUAAACCAGUUAAUUAAACUCCACUGUUUACUUAUUUCGUAAGAGCACUGCUUCUAUUUUCUGGUCCAAAACGUGAAGGGUACAUAGUACAACACAGAUUGAAGUUUAGUAAUGGGUGAUGAGUGUAUCUGAAAAUAAUCAAAUUUUUUCUUUCAUAUUUGAUUUUGUCUGUCAUUACUGUGAAACUAAGCAUAGAUUGGCUUGAAGAACGUUGAAGAAAACCGGAGACGAGAGAAGACAGAAAACGCCUAAGUUUGCCCGAAAAAUCAAUAUUUCCAAACCAGAAACUUUCUAAGUUUUUAAGACGAUCGUCGAGAAUGUUGCGAAAUCAUAGAAAAUUAAAAAAUUAUAUUUGUCAUCAUCGGUCUUAUUACUCGGAGAAGCCACUGAUGAUUUGGUUGCCUCCUUUUGUUUUCUAAAAACUGUACUGAAA